AUGGAUCUUAGAGUUGAAAGAGGGGACAGUCGACUCAACACUAGUUGGUCAGCACUGUUAGUCUCCACUCAAUUAGAAUACAUACAAAUAGGAGAUCGUUAUCAUUAUCAGGGAUUUCUAAAUGAAAGAAGAAAAAAAUUAAUGGAUUUGGUUUUGGCUGAAAUGGUUACUCAAAGCGGCAAAUAUAUCAAAGAGAUUGCAAAUGGAGUUUGGCUUCUACUGGAAGAAAGUUCGUGGAUAUGGCCGGCGCACCUAUACCUACAAAAGGCUGGACUCGGACUACCUGAUCCACAACAAAUUGUUAUAGACUUAGGAGCCGGUCAGACAUCAGCAUACAUUGCUUGGACACAACUUUUGAUAGGCCAAAAAUUAUCACAAAUAUCUCCAAUAAUCUCUAAGCGUAUAGAUUAUGAACUAAAUCGCCGAAUAGUACGUCCAUUUCUGGACGACCCACACAUGCCAUGGAUGGGCUUUGAUAGCUAUCGCUUCGUUGAUAGCAAUGUUGGCAACAACUGGAAUGUUUGGAUUAAUAGUAAUAUAUUAAUGACAGCUUUGUUAUGUUUGCCUAAUACAUACCGGAUCCAAGUUAUUGAUAGAUUAGUAAAUAGUUCAGAUAUUUUUGUUAAUCGUUAUCCUAAUGAUGGCAGUGACAAUGAGGGACCCCAUUAUUGGGUGGCAGCGGGCGGUCGACUCAUACAAAUUAUAAGCCUUUUGUCUUCUGCAUCUAAAAACACAAUCAACUGGUCAUCUAAUAAAUUGCUGAAACAAACCGGUGAUUACAUUUGGAAAGUGCAUAUCAAUGAAAACCAUUUCUUUAAUUAUGGAGACUCUGGGGCUAAUGAGAUACCGGAUUCCUCAGUUGUUUUUGAAUACGGAAAGGUGUUUAAUGACCAAACUAUGAAAGAGUUUGCCUCAUAUUUAACUCAAUUAUCAGGAAAAGACAAAAUCAUUUUAGACCGUCUCUCAAGUGGUGAACUAAAUCAAAUUGGUAUUCAAAUGUCUGCAAAUGUUUUAUUGGAAAAUAUUCCUCCAAAAGCUCCUUUGCCAUUAGAAAGUUGGUUUCCAGAUCUCCAAUUGGUUACAUUGAGAACAACACAAGAAUCAGCUAAAGGCAUCUUUUUGGGUAUAAAAGCGGGAAUAAAUGACGACACUCAGCAUAAUCACAAUGAUGUGGGAAGUUUUAUCUUGUAUGUCGAUGGACGACCCGCUUUGAUUGAUGUCGGUUCGGGUACCUAUACUAUUAAGACAUUUAGUCCCGAGAGAUACAGCAUAUGGAACUUCCAGUCUCAGUGGCACAACAUUCCUACAAUCAAUGGCAUACAACAGGGAUGUGGACCUAAAUUCAUGGCUAACAGUGUUAAGUAUAGUCAUGAGGCAAAUAUUUCAAUAUUUGAAGCGGACAUAUCUGGUGCUUAUCCUUAUGAAGCACAGGUAGAUAAGUGGAACAGAAAAUGGACUUUUAAUAGGACUACAAAUGUUGUGAAACUCACCGAAACAUAUAAAUUGACGCAAUUUAUUAAAUUUUCAAAAAUUCAUUUUAUAACACACUUAUCGAUAAAUAAAAUAACAAAUGAGACCAUUAUAUUAGGUGACAAUAAAACAAAAUUAUACAUUGAUUUUAGCGAAAAUCAAGUAAAUGUUGAAAUGGAUUGUCAUCUUAAUGAUGACCCAACUAUUGAACAGAGUAACUCCUACUGUAUAACUAAAUAA